AUGAUUUCUAGUCUAAUACAAGCAGAGAUGCAGCAAAUGGCUGAGAUUAGACUGUUGCACAGCGACAAGCUGCUUCUAUUAUCAAAAGCUUAUGAUGAUUAUCAUGCAAAGAUAAGUAACGGUGCUUUUUUGAUUGGAUGUGUAGAUUAUAGAGGGUGGUGGUUAAAUUGGUUAAGUGAUGGUUCUAUUUUAUUUUGGAGGGAGUACAAGCUCAAAAUGUCUUUCAUGACGAAUGAUUUGGAUGUGAAAUAUGGCGCAGUGAAUCAGAAAGAAGUAGUCGCUAAAAAAAAGAAACGAAGGAAGUCAAAAAGAAGAAUACUCGAAAUUGACUUCACACCUCCACCCGAUAAUUGGUCUCGAUCUGAUUCAAAUGUUUCAUGUAAUGUAAAGGAGAGAAAUUUUACAUCAUCCUCUGACAGUUCUGAUGAUUAUUUGUCGGAUGUUUUCAGUCGACUUGUACCUGUAAUGAGAGAUGUCUUAAUAAACACAGUUUUUUCUAAGCAUGAAGUGGAAAGUCACUUUUUUUACAUCAAAAGAAUAUUUUUGAAACAAAAGUUCACAAAAAUGAUCAUUGUUAUGCUUUCUCAAAAUGAUAAAUGUCAGCUCAAUUUUUUCGAAAUAAAGUUUGUGCACUGUGUUGGUAAUCGCGCAUUUCUCAUUGAAGAAGCUGUUGAUUACUUGAAGGCAUCAGACAUUUCAGUAGAAUGCAAACAGAUGCUUAGCUCAUUAAAUGAUUCACAAUUGCAUAAUCUUUUCGAGCAGUUGAACCUGUUUUAUAUCUCAUAUGAAGGUUCCAAGAUUAUGGUACGAAUGAUUAAUAAACCAUCUUCUUUAUUUCAUUCUAACAGGGCAGUAUCAAGAAAUAUUUUUUUUUCAAAUAUCAAUAAUCAGUCAGCAAAAACUCCUUUCAAUUGCAUCCUGGAUUCUCCUCAUGCUAAACCCCUGUCUUCAAUCACAAAUGAUUUUAUUAAGUUACCACAGCAACAUUUGAAUGGAACAGAAACGAUGAAGCCGGAGCAGGAUGCAUUGUUCACUUCCCAUCGAAAAGUUAAUGGCGUUAUGAUCGGUCAUAAAGAUUCAACGGUGGAGGGACUAUUUAUUCAACAUGAUAGAUUUUAUGAUCAAAAUACCGAACUCAUGGAUGGGAAAUUCAUUUUUCAAAAACCGAAAAUUGAAAUAAUGAAAAGAUGUACGGAGCAGCGAUUAAAAGCAGAAAAAAGAUGUGACGAAAAAUUAUUUUCCAUGUCUUUAAUGUUAAAAAAAGCAUAUAAAGAAAUAUUGGAUCUGCGCUUAGGCAAAGCAAAAGCAUUAGCAAAUAAAAGAAUUGGACAAGCUGAAUUCGCUUUAAUACAUGCUAAUAUAGUAUAUAACAGGGUGGACGAUAAAAUGGUUAGAGCAGAUAUAAGAUAUAUAAUUAAAGAGUGGGAACAAAUACGAAAGGAUUAUAAAGAUUGGCACGCCAAUUUAGACGAAAUUGUUGAUGGUCAAAAAGCUCAGGUUGACUCAAAUUAUAAUUUCGAUGAACUCGCGCUUCUCUCGCCCCCAGAUCAUAUCCCAUGUGCUCCUCAGUUGCCUCCGUAUGCUCUAAAAUAUUUUCAACGACUUGAAUUUGAAUGCAGUUUUAAUGAUUCAUCAUCAGAAGUAUUGCGAUUUUUUGGUGCGCCUGUUGCAUUUGAAAAAGAAAUGACAGGUGGCAGAUUUGGUGCAAUCGGACAACCGGCACCACCACUACAAAGGAAAGUAUUUACAAGAGCACAAAUAGAUGAAUUUGAUGAAAUAGUGGAAAGGACUAUGAAGCAUUUCCAGUCUCACAAUCCUCAUGGAGGUAUUUCAGAUUUAAAGGCAGAACAAAUCAAAAAAGUUGUAAGCGAACUUGACCAACGUCCCUUAGUACAUGGCUUGAGCUCGAAUUUUUCUUCAGUGCUUUCCCAUGUUAAAAGCAGUUCAAUUUCAGUAAUGUACUGCAGCAUAAAGGUAGUCAGACGAAUUACGGAAAUGUCCGAUGUUGGUAAUGAAAAUACCGAUAGUAAGCGGAAUGCAUCUUGUUGGGCAUCAUUACCAGAAACUUCUGCAUCCCAUCGUCCAGUGAAUUCAGAAAACCAAAAAUGCUUAAUCUGUUUCCUAACGUUCGUUGAUAAUGAGAAGUUGAUAGAAUGCCCUUCUUGCUUCAGUUCGUAUCAUCACAGGAUUCUUCAAACAAAUGGUAUUCACUGGAAGGUAAAUAUUGAUAUCAGGAGUUUUAAAUUUAAAUAUCUGGAAGGCUGCGGCAAUCCAGAAACUCGCGCUAGCUUAAAACAACUCUGUGGAACCAAGUGGCUGAAACAAAAUUGUAUUUGUCCGUUCUGCCGUCAGUUGUGGAGUAAUCCAGAUGACUUUCCAUCUUUAUCUAGGAACAAUUUACAACAAAAUGCAUCGUAA